CCCCCUUGGAUAAGUGCUCUGUUUCCCCGCCUCCCCCAGUGGGGGGGGGGCACCACUUUUUUUCUCCAGGCCUCCCCAAAUCAGGCCGGUGAGGGUGUUCAGAGGCGGCAGCUAAGCCCGCUUGCCCACAGUGGGAGGCGAGGGUGAGCCCCAUUUGCUGGGGCAGGAGAUGAGACCCAGAGAGGGCAGGGGGCUUGGGCACGGUCACAACCAGCGAGCGGGGCCAAGGUUUGUCCCAGGUCUGUGCGGCUCUAGGGUUCGUGCUGCCAGCAUGAGGAGGUGGGCAGGCAGCGGCCCAUGUGGGAGCCUCGGCCCUCGAGGUGCGGGGUGAGGGGUUGGGGGUAGAGAGGAGGCCAGAGAGCCGUGACACCCAGUGGUACAUUUGGACUUCAGGGCUGGGUCUGUCAGAGAGGGUCCCGGGGGAGGGCCCCCAGCCGCUCUGGCCCUAUGACUUGGGCCAUGCCCGAUGUGGGCAGACGGUAGGGCGGGGGUACCCCCCCAGAGCCAGGGGUCCCUGGUCGACCUAAGACAGUGGCCCAUCCACGCGUGCCCACCGGCCCACGGCUCAGAGGGGUAAAUAAUUGAAGGGCAGGUCACACGAACCUGCCCGCGUCACGGGAUGCCUUCCGCCGGGUCUGGUUACGCCCCAGAUCGCAUUCUGACAUCCCUGGCUGGUGAAUAAUUAAGCUGCCACCUCCUCCCUGGCCACCACCACCGGCAGGCCCUCCGUCUCCAGGUCCCACUCUGCAGCUUUCUUUGCUCCCUCAAAGUGGUGGGCACUAUAAGGGACCGACCCCCCGCGCUUCCGGCCCUGCCAGCACCUCUGGCCUCCUGCCCAGCAGCCGACUUGCAGCCCACUCCAUGGCCCCCGAGAUGGACCAGGUCUACAGGUCCACCAUGGCCAUCUACAAGAGCAUCAUGGAGCAGUUUAACCCCGCCCUGCAGAACCUGGUGUACCUCGGAAACAAUUACCUGCGGGCCUUCCAUGCUCUGUCCAAGGCAGCUGAGGUGUACUUCAACGCCAUCCAGAAGAUCGGGGAGCAGGCCCUGCAGAGCUCCACCUCGCAGAUUCUGGGGGAGAUCCUGGUGCAGAUGUCGGACACGCAGCGGCACUUGAACUCGGACUUGGAGGUGGUGGUGCAGACAUUCCAUGGAGAUCUGCUACAGCACAUGGAGAAGAACACGAAGCUGGACAUGCAGUUCAUCAAAGACAGCCGCCAGCACUAUGAGAUGGAGUACCACCAUCGAUCCGCCAACCUGGAGAAGUGCAUGUCUGAGCUGUGGCGCAUGGAACGCAAGAGGGACAAGAAUGUGCGGGAGAUGAAGGAGAGUGUGAACCGGCUACACGCACAGAUGCAGGCCUUUGUGUCCGAGAGUCAGCGGGCAGCUGAACUGGAAGAGAAGCGGCGCUAUCGUUUCCUGGCUGAGAAGCACCUGCUGCUUUCCAACACCUUCCUGCAGUUUUUUGGCCGGGUGAGCUGGGGCUGGGGGACAGCUUACAGGGCCUUCCUAGGGUCUGUGCUCUCUCCCCAGAGGCCCCUGGCGGAGUUCAGCGACCCCCGCAGCCGGCACGGCUCCGAGCCCGGCGAGGCGAGGUCCCCGUCGCAGCUGGAGCCAGACCGCCGGUCGCUGCCCCGGACACCGUCCGCCUCCUCGCUCUACGCCAGCGGCAGCCCGCGCUCGCGCUCCAACUCCUUCGGCGAGCGGCCGGGCGGCGGGGGCGGCGGGGGCGCCCGGAGAGUCCGCGCCCUCGUCUCGCACUCGGAGGGCGCCAACCACACGCUGCUGCGCUUCUCGGCCGGGGACGUCGUGGAGGUGCUGGUGCCCGAGGCCCAGAACGGUUGGCUCUACGGCAAGCUGGAGGGCUCAUGCGUGAGCGGCUGGUUCCCCGAGGCCUACGUGAAGCCUUUGGAGGAGGUGCCUGUGAGGCGCCCCUUGAGCCCAGUGACCUCCAUGAACCCGAUGAGCCCUAUGAAUGAGUUACCUUCCAGAUCCUACCCGCUCCGGGGCAGCCACAGCCUCAAUGACCUCCUGGAGCGGCCGGCCAACUCUACAGCACCCUCAGAGUACUGGGACGGCCAGUUCCGCUCCCGAACCCCGAGCCGCGGCCCAAGCCGCGCCCCCAGCCCCGCACCUACAGCCUUGCCUGACAGCUGCCAAAGCAGCAUGGGCAGCCCGGGGGUGGCCAGUGAUGUCAAGAGACUUACGUCCUGGGAGCAGCACCCUCCAGAGCUCUUCCCUCGGGGCACAAACCCCUUUGCCACGGUAAAGCUGCGUCCCACCAUCACCAACGACCGCUCGGCGCCCCUCAUCCGCUGAGGUGUCUGAGGUCGUCCCCCCACACCUGCCCAGGGGCUGCCCAGAGCUGGCGGCGGCCGCAGCAGCAGUGGAUCCGCGAAGCCGGGGUCCGGAUACUGGGGGUGGCUGCCCUGCCCCAAACGCGCCUCCCGCAGCUUGAGCAGCUCCAAGGGGACUGGCCUGGGGUCUGGGACCUUCAAAAUAAAGCAGGCAGAAUUGGGGGACAGGACCAUUUCUUCUUCCUCCAAGGGCCCCAGGACUCUCCCUGGGGGCCUGCCUCGUGCACCCCAACCCCCUUCCCCUUCUCUGCCCCAGCAGGGAGGAGCCCCUGCGCACCCCCCACCCCACCCCGCAUAUGUCCUCCUGUUUAACUUUUGUAAACGGUGAGAAAUAAAGCAAGUG